AUUUGCUUUCCCCUCUCAAAGAGCCGCCAUUCUUUGAUGAUUGGGCAGCGGCGAACUUCAAAGUAAUAAAUCUUAUUUCUGACUGGCUGGCGGCCCACCAAAGUCCUUAUCAAAUUCUAAGAAGUGAUCCCUCACUCUUCAGAUAGACCGAGGAUAUAUCGGCGAGAGGAGGCACUGAAGACCUGCUCCGACCAGAACCCGGGCUUGUUUUUUUUUUUUUUUCUCCUCCUCCUCUUCCUUUUCUCCUUUUGCUCUGAAUGCCACAUAUUCAUCAAAAAAUUAGCGCGUUUGUUUAUUAAUAGUUUGCAGCGGGAGGAGGAGGACGCGCACCAUGGCAGCGGUGGCUGUUCUGCGGAAUGAAACCCUGCAAGCUUUUCUCCAGGAUCGCACUCCCAACUCCUCUCCAGAGAACUGUAAGCACUCCCCGCUGGCGCUCCUGGCCGCCACCUGUAACCGGAUCGGACACCACCACGGAUCCAACCACCCGGACUUCCUCCAAGUCCCCUACGAUCCCACUCUGGGCUCCCCCUCGCGACUGUUUCACCCGUGGACUAACGAGGGGAGCCCCCAAAGCAGCCUGGCCGGCAACUCCACUUUCGGACUAUCCUCCAAGCCUCAGCUGUCUGCGCACAUCCAGAGCUCCUUCAGCACGCACCACGAACUGCCCCUCACCCCUCCGGCGGACCCCUCCUACCCCUAUGACUUCUCCCCGGUUAAAAUGUUACCUUGCUCCAUGCAGUCUCUCCAGUCCACCUGUCCUCCCACCUACGUCCCUGCCGUCAGCUACGCAGCUCCGGCGCCCAUCCCGCCCCAGAUGCCGGGCUUCGUGACGGGACCGUCCGGCCUGGUCCACCAGCAGCAGAGACAGUUGUCCCCGAACCCCGGGGAGGACAUCCCGUGGUGGAGCCUGCAGCAGGGCAACCACGUCGGCCACUCUUCCUCUCUGGGUCCGCACCGCUUCCAGCUGCAGAGAGGCUUGGUGCUGGGGCACACGGACUUUGCGCAAUACCAGACUCAAAUCGCCGCUCUGCUGCACACCAAGUCGCCCCUGGCGACCGCGCGGAGGUGCAGGCGGUGCCGGUGCCCCAACUGCCAGUCGUCCACCUCCAGCGACGAGCCCGGAAAGAAGAAGCAGCACAUCUGCCACAUACCGGGCUGCGGGAAGGUGUACGGGAAGACGUCGCACCUCAAGGCGCACCUGAGGUGGCACUCCGGGGAGCGGCCGUUCGUGUGCAACUGGCUGUUCUGCGGCAAGAGCUUCACCAGGUCGGACGAGCUGCAGAGACACCUGAGGACUCACACAGGGGAGAAGCGCUUUGUGUGCCCGGACUGCUGCAAGAGGUUCAUGAGGAGCGACCAUCUUGCCAAACACGUGAAAACGCACCAGAACAAGAGAAGCAAGUGCCACGAGAAGACGCUUGAUCACGUCAAGAGAGAGGACACCAGGAAUAUGUUGUAACACGGUUCACUUCGCCCCAUUUCGUACCCAGGCGUUGCCAUUUCGUACCUGCACACUGUAGCGCUGCUUAUCCGCCUCCCCCCUGACAUUCCAUGUUGCUAUUCCCCGAAAAUACCAGGAUAAUGAAUGAAGAGACUUAUAAUUUAAUUCAAUCUCAUUCUCUUUUCUGUUCAGUUGACUGCUGUGCUGAUUUGUACAGAACAAUCAACUCUUAAGAAAACUAACCGUUUAUGACCCCUGACCUUCUAAAAAGAUAACAAUUGACUUCCAGGCCAUGAGAAAAUAAAGGGAAAUUACUUGAAAUAUCAGCUGCCAGUUGCAGGGAUGAAAUGACCAAAAGUACAAAAUGGCAAGGCAGCAAUCUGACCAGCACUCCUUAAGGCUCAACACACCUGCCAGUUGUUUCAAGCAGAAGACAAACAGCACCUUAGUGCAAUACAGUUUCAGUCAUUAGUUAAAGUACAAAUUAGGCAGCUUUUUUUUCUUUUCUUUUUUCUUUUUUUUUUUUUACAGGAUAUUUGGACUUUUCGGGUUGACUUCUUACAUCCUGAUUGUGGUUUUUGACAUUUCUCUCUCUCUGUGUGUAAAAAGUUUAGUGAGUUCAUUCAAGAAGUUCAAUCAAGUUUGGGAUAUUCACUGUUCAUAUAACAUCUGAGAAAAGACAAGUUUUAUGACUUGUGUUUUGAUUCAUUGUCUUCGGUGGAAGAUUUCACUCCCCUGUAAAUUCUAUUUAAUAGCUUUUGUUGAAUGAAAGUGUCUGUUUUUUGCUCCAUAUGGGGGUGUUUUCCGUUUUUUUAUUCUUAAAAAAAAAAGCAUGCUCUUGAAAAGAUCUGCUAUCGUUGCGAUGACCCAAAGUACUGCGUGAAAAUAAAAGUUAUUAAAAAAAAAUGUG